GGCUUCACUGCAAACCACGGUGAGAAUGUGUUUGUUGUCAUCAUGCCAUCAGAGGAUUUUUUAAGUUUCUGAAGUGAGGAGAAUACAUUCCUGGAAGAGUCACCUAACAGGACCUCAGGUCUGAGGCUAACUAUGGAGGUACUAAAGUUGGCAACUUCAGGAGCAACAUGCCUUAUUUCAAUCAUUUUCCUCCUGCAUGCAGCAGAGUGUGAAGGGGCAGUUGGAAAAGAAAAGAACAGCUCUCCUCUCAGAUUUACACACCAUCUCUAUAAUGCCACCAUCAAGGAGAACUCUGCUCCGCGGAUGUAUGUUGAGACGCCUGUGAAGAUGGGCAUUCAACUGACAGAUUUGCAAUGGGACAUCAAAUUUAACAUCGUUGCAGGUGAUGAUGACAGCUUUUUCCAAGCAGAGGCCUUUUCAGUUGGAGAUUUCUGCUUUCUAAGGAUCAAAACCCGCAGCAGUAACUCAGCCCUCCUCAACAGGGAGGUCAGAGACACUUACACUCUCACUGUGGAGGCAAUAGAAAGCGCUUUUGACUACCAGACAAAGACGAAGGUCUUUGUCCAGGUCCUCGACACCAAUGACUUAAAGCCUCUGUUUUAUCCUGCUUCAUACAACGUUGCCAUCAAGGAAGACACCCCCCUUAGGUCUAGUGUGGUCAGAGUCAGUGCUACAGAUGCAGACGUUGGAAGCAAUGCUGAGUUUUAUUACUCAUUCACCAGCAGAGCUCAUCCUUUUGCUGUCGACCCCUUCACAGGCGUAGUCAGCCUCGUUAAGAAACUCAAUCACACCCGGACGCAAAGAUACGACCUCACUGUUUUAGCGGAAGACAGAAUAAAAAAGAUUUCCGGUGUUCAAAAGUUUGGUAAUGUUGCCCGGGUCACGGUAAGCAUACAAAAGAUGCCCGUAGGGUCGCCUGUUAUCACGUCUCCCCUUAAACCCGUGGUGUCUGCAGAUGGAAAAGUAGAUAUCAGUGCUCAUGUGGAACCAGGAGUUAAGCCUGUUGAAUCCCUUAAUAUUGUUGCAGGGGAUCCCCACAAGUUGUUUGAGAUAAUCCCCAUGGGUGUGCAGGGCACUGACUUCCAAGUGAUCUCCACAAAGAGGAUUAUGUGGUCUCAAACUCCUUUUGGGCUGAAUCUGUCCCUUCAAGCUAAAGAUAGGAGCUUCCCAAGUUUACUCUCUCCUAUUACUCAAAUACACAUUCCAGCAAAUCAUUAUAGCCCUUUGGCGUUUUUGGAGGACACCUACAUAGUCACCCUGAGUGAGUUUUCACCCCCCAAAACUCAUGUAGUUAAAGUAUCUGUCACCCCAGUUAAUUAUAAUGUUACUUUUAGCAUAAAAAAUAACCCUGACAGUUCAGGUUUUAAGAUAAAUCCAAAAACUGGGAUCAUAAUAACAGUAGAGAAAUUUGACUAUGAGAGGAAAAAUCGAUUUGAAUUUGAUGUUGUAGCCAAUCACGGUGAAGCUGAGACACAUAUUGUGGUUGAGAUCACAGAUGAAAAUGACAACAGUCCACAGUUCACACGGACGUCCUAUCAGGCCACACUGGAUGAAAACACGCCCGUUGGAAGCAGCAUUCUGAAAGUUGUUGCUUCAGACAAAGACAAAGGCAAAAACGGCUUUGUGACCUAUGCAAUCGCAAAAUCAGGCCCUAUACCUUUCAUAAUAGAUCCGUUCACAGGGGUCAUCUCGACAUCGGAACAUCUGGACUAUGAGCUGAUGAAGAGGCGGUACCACCUCAGAGUUUGGGCCUCAGACAGCGGCAGCCCCUUCAGUCAGGUCAGUGAAUGCCCUGUGACGAUAACCCUGAACAACAUCAACGAUAACGUCCCUCUGUUUGAGAGGGUGGGCUGCAACAUCACUGUACCACCUGAUUUGCCAGUGGGACACACAAUUGUUGAACUAUCAGCCAUAGAUUUAGAUGAACUACAGCAACUGCAGUAUGUCAUAGAGUCUGGGAAUGAGCUCCGAGUCUUUGGCAUUGACUCUGUUUCUGGAGCCAUCACCCUUAAACAAACUAUUCCCCCACAUGAGGGUUCAUUCACUUUGAGAGUUGUAGCCACGGAUGGCAAGCAUCACUCCGAGCCUUCAGUUGUCCGGGUAACUGUCACCAACAAAGGUGACGAUGCAACGCUACGCUGCCUGGAAACGGGCAUUUUUAAACAGCUGACUGAUAAACUGAUAGAGUUAAUUAGGCCAGCCUUAAUCAAUCAAGAGGAAGAGUUAUUCUCAGAUAUCCACAUCACCAACCGUCAUUCUCCUAAGUUUGUCACAGGCAUUCCUAGUUCGAUUGACGUUGCUGAGAAUCAUCCUUUAAAUUCCACCAUUAUUCAGUUUAAGGCAAAGGACAGUGACUCUGGGUUUAAUGGUAAGCUGGUGUACGCCAUUUCAAGUGGGAAUGAAGAUGGCUGUUUUUCCAUUGACACUUUCUCUGGGGACCUUCGGUUAGUUUGCCCUCUGGAUGCAGAAAGCAAGGAGUUUUACAUCCUGAAUAUCACAGUUUAUGACCUGGGAACACCACAAACAUCUGCGUGGAAAUUUAUAGCUGUCAAUGUCCUGGACGUUAAUGACAACCCUCCGCUUUUUGAUCAGCCCAGAUGUGUGAUUCAUGUCCCUGAAAAUGCCGAGGUAGACUCUGUUAUUUUUACGGCUCAAGCUGUAGACGUGGACGCAGAUAGCAGCAGUAAAGUCCAGUACUCCCUCCUGAAGUCCACUGACUUGUUCCGAGUUGAUGAGAUGACUGGAGAUGUGAUUGUGACAGGCUCACUGGAUCGAGAAAGUUCGCCCAGGCAUGAUCUCUGGAUUGAAGCAAGAGACCAAGCCAGACUCAGCCCUCAGUUAUUCUCCUCCUUAAACUUGGUGGUGAUUCUGCAGGACAUAAAUGAUAAUCCUCCUAAAUUUGUACCCAAAGUGUACCACAUAAAAGUUGCAGAAGAUGUUCCUGUGGGGAUUCUGCUUGUCUGGGUGGAGAGCAUGGAUUUAGACCUGGGCAGUGGAGGCCUUGUCACAUACAACCUUAAGAACACAGAGGGCGGGAUCUUUCAUCUCGACUCCUCCACAGGAGCUUUGACCCUCGAGAGAGAGCUGGACUUUGAGAGGCGGCCAUCUUACAACCUCACAGUCCGAGCUGUGGAUCAUGGCCUCCCUCGCUCCCUGUCAUCCUCCUGCUUUGUGGAGAUCGAAGUUCUGGAUGUCAACGAGAACCUCCACAGGCCAGUGUUUUCUGAGUUUGUGUAUAAAGCCGUAGUGAUGGAAGAUGCAGCGGUGGGGACAUCUGUGGUCACACUCGCCGCUUCAGACAAGGAUGUCGGCAGGGAUGGAGUCGUCAGGUACCACAUCCAUGAUGGAUCUGGUCUUGGAGUGUUCUCCAUUGACGAGGAAACAGGUGUGAUACGUACAACGGAGAAUCUGGACCGUGAGAUGGUGCCGCACUACUGGCUCUCUGUGUACGUCACCGAUCUGGGGACGGAGCCCCUGAUCUCCUGGACCCAUGUGUUCAUGGAGGUCCUGGAUGUCAAUGAUAAUGCCCCAGAACUUUCCCAGCCAGUGUAUUUCGCAUCUGUCCUGGAGAACGUGGAUAAAGUGAACUCUGUCAUCCAGGUGUCUGCGACAGAUAUGGACAUGUCCUCUGAGGGGAAGCUAUCUUUCCAGAUGAUGGAAUCGUAUCGAACGCUCUUCGAUGUAGAUCCCAAGACAGGUGUUAUCAGCAUUCUCUCAGCUUUGGAUCGUGAGGAUAAACCCGAGCACAGCAUCGAGGUAAUCGUGUCAGAUAACGGAUCUCCAUCUUUGCAAUCCACCGCCACCGUUGUGAUCCAAGUUAUGGACGCUAACGACAACCGACCCAAGUUCACGGACAAACUCUUCCACGUCAAGCUGCUGGAACAGCGACUCCAUGCUGGUAAACAGGAAGUCUGCAGGAUGGUCGCUUGUGAUGAUGAUGAGGGCCCGAAUGCUGUUGUGACGUACAAGCUCCAGGACAACAGUGACGAGCGGUUUCAGAUCGACGCCAUGACGGGUGUGGUGACAUCCCACGGUGAUUUCUGGCCCGGCAACUACACUAUUCUAACGAUCAAAGCCACAGACCAGGGCAGCCCGUCACGCUCGUCCACGGCUCGGCUCGACAUCGAGUGGGUCCGCCACCCGCCGCCCUCCACCGAACCAAUCACAUUUGAGGAGCCUCAUUUUACCUUUGCGGUCAUGGAAACAGAGCCUGUCACUCACAUGGUGGGCAUCAUCAUGACGGAGACGCAUCGACCGCUGCUGUGGUUUGAUCUCGUAGCUGGUGAUGAAGACAAAGACUUUGACAUCCAGAAGAACUCAGGAACCAUCUCAAUCGCCCGUCGCCUCGAUGCAGCUCGAUGUUCAAACUACAACCUGACGGUGCGGGUGACCGACAGCCACCAGAGCGCCACCACACAGGCCUACAUCCGUGUGCUGGACAUGAAUGAGCAUCGCCCUGUCUUCUUGAAGCCACUUUAUGAGGUGAGGGUUCCCGAGGAUACCUCCCUGUGGAAAGACAUCCUGCAGAUCAGUGCUCAGGAUACAGACACCAACAGCAAACUGGUGUUCUCCAUCCACAGCAGCCUUCACCCGGACAGCACCAAGUUCUUCCACCUGGACCCAAAGAGUGGAGUUCUGGUCCUGACGGAGGAGUUAGACUACGAGAAGAUCUCUGUUCAUACGCUUAUUAUCAUGGUGCGUGACCAGGAGAUACCAGUUAAGAAGAACUUUGCAAAGGUGGUGAUUUACGUGGAGGACUGUAAUGACCACUCGCCAGCUUUCUUCAGGCCCCGUUACGAGGCCAGCAUAUCUAACCUGGCCCCCACGGGCUCAGAGGUCGUCCGAGUUAAGGCCCUGGACAAGGACAUGGGGAGCAAUGCAGACAUCAGCUACUCGCUGCACUCUGGUAAUAUUGACAACGUCUUCUCUAUAGAUCCAGAGCUGGGCUCCAUCACUGUUUCCAAACCACUGGACCUUCAGCCUCAGGACCGGUUCCACCUCACAGUGAAGGCCACUGAUCAGGGCUUCCCUCAACGCUCCGACCUCAGUUCCGUCCACGUCAUUAUCCGCAUCUCCGACCGAACCCCACCCACCUUCCCCUCAGAUGAAUAUUUAACAGAGAUCAGUGAAUUAAGUGCUCCUGGAACACCAGUGGUCACAGUCUCAGCAGCCAGCCCAGCUGCAGUGUAUUAUGGGAUAGAAAGUGGAAACAUAAAUGGGACAUUUUACAUCAACCCUUACACUGGGUUGAUUUCUACCCAAAGGCUGCUUGAUUUUGAGAAGUGUGAGUCCUACAAGCUGAAAGUUACAGCCUCCACCACAGCAGGAGCCUCGUCUAAGACGUUCAUCCAUAUCUAUGUAAUGGACGAGAAUGAUAAUCCUCCUAUUUUUCAGCGGAGGGAGUACCAAGGACAAAUCAGUGAGUCAGCUCAUAUUAACAGCAUGGUAAUGGGAGAGAGAAACACCCCUCUGGUCAUUCAGGCCUCAGAUGCAGAUCGAGAUUCAAACUCUCUGUUGGUGUAUUACAUCCUUGAGCCAGAAGCUCUGAAAGUCUUCAAGAUAGAUUCAAGUAUGGGCACUAUCUCUUUAAUCUCACCAGUUGACUAUGAAGCCAAAGCUGAGUAUAACCUCACAGUGCAGGUGAAGGACUCUGGGGAGCCAUCGCUUUACGCAGCAGAGCCUGCCAAGGUCACCGUUCGUGUCCUGGACCUGAAUGACUGCGCGCCACAAUUCACCACACCAGUGUACGAGCCAUCCAUCAUCUUUCCAGCUGUCAGAGACACAGAGGUUGUCCGUGUCACGGCCCAUGACGCCGACUCGGCAGUCUCAUACAGCAUCACUCAGGGAAAUCUUCACAAUGCCUUUUCAAUUCACCCCAGUACCGGAGUCAUCACCGUGAACAAUGUGUCUGACUUCAGGUCUUUUUACCAGCUGGUCAUCAGAGCCUCCGACGGCCUUUUUAAAGACUCAGCUACUGUCAAUAUAAAUGUAACAAACCUAACAGUGAGCGAUCUUGGAUUUGAGCAGACAGUGUACUCUGCAAGCAUUGCAGAAAACUUAAAGACCGUUAAAACUUUGGCAGCACUGAAAGUCUCAGGAUGCUAUUUGAAUGAACCUCUUUGGUUUUCAGUCAUGAAUCCGAUGGGGAGGUUUGCGAUUUCUGAGACGUCAGGUGUGCUUGAAUCUACAGGUAUCCCUUUUGACCGAGAAGAGCAAGAUAUUUAUGAAGUAGUGGUAAAAGUACAAGACACAAGAUCACCACCAAGAACGGCCACGAUUCAGGUCAAGGUCUUUGUAGAUGAUGUUAAUGACAACUCUCCACAGUUUCUAAACCUGCCUUUUUCAAUGAUGAUUUCUGAAGACUCAGAACCAGGAGAUGUUUUGUAUCAAGCCACAGCCAUAGACAGGGAUCUGGGAGAAAAUGCAUCCAUCAUGUACUCUCUGGAAGAGGACUUUGACCUCUUUAGGAUAGACCCUGACGUAGGUGAUGUAUCCCUUCAAAGACCACUUGAUUUUGAGGCUCUAAAUAAAUAUGUAUUGACAGUCUUGGCAACAGAUGAAGGAGAGCCCAGUUACAGCACCUCGGCUCAGCUCAGUAUUCAAGUGAGGAAUCGAACCAAUCCAGUUUUCCAGACUCUUCUUUAUCCCCUGAAAGUUACUGAAAAUGUUCCCCCGUUCACCACCAUCCUUCAUGUGCAGGCCAGGAACCCAGAAGGUUAUCGGCUCAUCUACAACCUCCAGGAGGAAAACUCCUCAAAACAUUUUCACAUUGAUUUUAAGACCGGUGUGUUGACGGUCACCAACCCCCUUGACUACGAAAGCCAAACCAUGCAUGUCUUGACAGUCCGAGCCACCGACUCUGUGACUGGAGCUUUUUCGGAGGCCUCAAUUGAAAUAGAAGUGGAGGAUUUCAAUGAUAACGCACCGGUUUUCUCCCAGCCAUCGUAUAGUGUGAAUAUUGCUGAAGGGCUUCCAGUCAACACCUCUGUGUUGCAACUCACUGCCACUGACAAAGACUCUGGUAGAAAUAAAGAUUUGACCUUUCAGAUAGUUAAAACGGAGGGAAACGAAGCUGAUUUCUUUGAGAUAAACCCUGAAAGUGGGUUGAUUGUCACAAAACAGGUUCUAGAUCAUGAAAACACAACACACUUUAAUUUAAAAGUCAAAGCCAUCGACAACGGCACUCCUGCUUUCAGCAGUGAGGUCCUUGUUUUUAUAAAUGUUACCGAUGUCAAUGAUAAUCCUCCAGACUUUGUAAACUCUCAGUAUGAAGCUACACUAGAUGAAAUGGCAAAAUGUGGUCACAUAGUCAUCAAAAUCCAAGCCUUAGACCCCGACUCUGAUGACCUGAAUAACCUCAAGUACAAAAUCAUCUCAGGCAAUGAAGACCGAUACUUCAACAUCAACGAAUCCUCAGGAAUCAUCUCCUUUUCUAAUGUCUGCAAGAGGAAUUUGGAUCCUUUCUACAAUCUGACUGUAGCUGUGUCUGACGGAGUGUUUCAGAAAACAGCACCAGUCAACAUCGACAUGAUAAACACCAACAGGCACAGUCCGUUCUUCAAACAGAGUCUCUAUGAAGCUGAGCUGGCUGAAAAUGCAGAGGCAGGAACUCGUGUGAUCAGACUGGCAGCCGUUGACCCUGAUGACGGGCCGUAUGGCAGUGUGGACUACACCAUCAUCAACACAUUCGCCGAUGAGAAAUUCGCCAUUCACAAAGACGGGCAGAUUGUCACGACUCAGUCACUGGACAGAGAAAACCCCACGCAGAGAGUCAUAGCGAUCAAAGUGAUGGCUAAAGACGGUGGAGGAAAAGUGGCUUUCUGCACUGUGAAAAUUAUCCUCACGGACGAGAACGAUAACGUGCCUCAGUUUCAAGCUUCUGAGUAUCAAGUUUCCAUUCAGUCAACUGUAAACAAAGGUUCCCCUGUCAUUCAGAUCAUAGCUUAUGAUGCUGACGACGGCAAAAACGCAGAUGUCACCUACACUGUAGAUGAAGUAGAGGAGGUUGUGGAAGACAUCAUCGAGAUCAACCCUUUCACUGGAGUCGUCAGUGUCAAGGAGAGCCUUGUUGGCAUGGAGAACAGGAUAUUCAAUUUCAAAGUCAAAGCCCGUGAUGGUACUAUCCCCUUUUAUAACUCCACAGUUCCCGUUCAGGUGAAAGUGAUUCCUCCUGAGGUCCCCCUUCCCAAGUUCUCAGAGCCCCUCUACUCCUUCUCAGCUGCAGAAGACUUUCCUAUCGGGACGGAGAUCGGCUCUGUGAGGGCUGACUCCGACAUGCCGCUCAUUUACAGUCUGGUUAACGGAAACACAGUUGAAAGCAACAAAGACAAAGUGUUCAGCUUGGACAAAGAGAGUGGGACAUUGGUGCUGCAGAAGACCAUUGACCAUGAAAAGACUAAGUGGUACCAGAUAGAUGUCAUCGCUCAGGGGAACCAUAAUGGAACGGAUGUGGCAUCUCUGGUUUCUGUGAGCAUCCAGGUCCAGGAUGUAAAUGACAACCAGCCGGUUUUCGAUGCAAGCCCAUACAGAGCUUUUCUAGCAGAAAACAUGCCUGCUGGAACCACAGUUAUUCAGGUGACCGCCAACGACCCAGACACAGACACCAGCGGUCAGGUGACCUACAGCUUGGAAUCUCUGCCUGACGACACCCUGCAGGACAUCACCGAUGUGUUUGCCAUCGACGAGGAGAGUGGCUGGAUCACCACUCUGCGGGAGACGGACUGCGAGGCCACCAGAAUCUACAGGUUCAACGUGGUUGCCACCGACCACGGCGGUGAUGUCAAGCUGUCCUCCAGCGUCCUGGUGGAGGUGAUGGUGACAGAUGAGAAUGACAACGCGCCGAAGUUCACAGAAGACACGUACCGCGGCUCAGUGGUGGAGAACAUCACCCCCUUUGAACCUAUUGUUUCCAUGACGACCACAGAUGCUGAUGUGUCUCUGGAGAGCCGCCUUGUGACGUGUUACAUCACAGACGGGGACCCACUAGGCCAGUUUGCCAUAAUCCAGGAGGACGAGGGUCAGUGGGGUCUGAUUGUGAAGGAGAGUCUGGACCGAGAGACCAAAGACAGAUACACACUGAAGGUGACGGCCACUGACGGGAAGUUUGAGGCCCUGAUUACCGUUGAUGUUCAUGUGUUGGACAUCAAUGACAACAGUCCAGUGUGUGAACAGCUACUCUACAGAGAGGUGUUAAUGGAGAACUUGCCCCACGGCACGUUUGUGCUCAAGGUUUUAGCUUCAGAUCCCGAUGUGGGAGCGAACGGCGAGAUCUCGUACACCCUGCACGGUCCAGACGCCAACAAGUUCCACCUGGAGCACAGGACGGGUCAGCUUUUCACUCUGGCCGAGCUGGACCGUGAGAAGGACACGGAGUUCACCUUGACGGCAAAAGCGACGGACGGCGGGGGUCGAUCCUGUCAGGCCGACAUCCUGCUGAUGAUCCAGGACAUGAACGACAACCCGCCCCACUUUUCCUCAAGCCACUACGAGGUCACCGUGUUUGACAACACAACGGUCCGCACGCCAAUCGCUGUCAUAUAUGCCAAAGACCCGGACACAGGCAUAAACUCGGAGGUGAAGUACUCCAUCCUGGCAGGCGAUGACGGUUACUUCUCUCUGGAUGAGUUUUCUGGGGUUUUGCGCCUGGAGCGACCUUUGACCUCCGACACUCCACCCGCCUUCGAGCUGAAGGUGAAGGCCACCGACCGCGGACUGCCUCGUCACCUCUACUCAGUUGCCACGGUGACUGUAGAUGUGGUUUCCCUGGACGACUACCAGCCCGUCUUCCUGAGCUCAGAGUACACCGCCCAGCUCCCAGAAUCCUUAGAGGUCGGGUCAGAGGUGCUGAGUGUCUCCGCGCUCACCAGAGAUGGAGGCGGCCCCGAUCCCAUCGAGUAUCGUAUCAUCGCAGGAAACAAGGACAGACGUUUCCUACUGAACUCACAAACAGGUCUUCUGACCCUUAUGGCCCCACUGGAUUUUGAAGUUUCUCGGGAGUAUUACCUGUCUGUGGAGGGAAGCCGAGGCAAGUCAUCCCUCACCGACAUCACCACGGUGAUCAUCAACGUGACAGACGUGAAUGACAACCCGCCGGUGUUUGGACAGGGCGACUACAGUGCAGAGAUAUCAGAGGAUCUGACGCCCGGAAGCCUGGUGAUGAAGGUAACAGCCACUGAUCAGGAUGGUCCCAUCAAUAAUCUGCUGCGUUACUCCAUCGUGAGCGGAGAUCUACAGCAGCAGUUCUCUAUUCACCCUCGCAGCGGUGAAAUUACUGUUCGUACGGCGCUGGACAGAGAAGAGAUCCCUCAUUACUCUCUGACGGUGCAGGCAGCUGAUGAAGGCAACCCUCCUCUGUCGUCAGCAGUCCUCAUCACCAUCACUGUCACUGAUGUCAAUGACAACCCCCCCAUCUUCUCUCAGGUUAACCACAGGCUGCUGCUGCAGGAGGGCGAGUCAAUCGGCAGCACCAUCCUCCAGCUGGUGGUCACCGACAAAGACACACCUAAAAAUGGCCCGCCUUUCUCUUUCCACAUCGUCAGCGGCAACGAGGACCGUCGUUUCCAUAUUGACCAAGGUGGUCUGCUGUCGCUCUCUGCCCCUCUCAGGAAGAAGAUCAAACCCCACCAUCAGCUCAAGAUACAGGUGACAGAUAGCGGCUACCCUCCCCUGUCUUCCAUCUGUGUAAUCAACAUCAAUGUCACAGAGCAGAGCAAGUAUCCUCCCACUGUCGUGCCCCUGGAGGUCUUCAUAACAACCUCUGGAGGACUGUUUGCAAAUCGGGUCAUUGGCAGGCUCCACGCAUCAGACCAGGACCUGCAGGACGUCCUGUCCUACAAGCUGGUGUCAGAAAACCCAGACGGGAAAAGGUUCUCUAUUGACCUGGCUGACGGUAAAAUCUGGGCUGAAGAAAACCUGGAAGAGGGCUCAUAUGCCCUAAACGUCAGUGUGAGCGAUGGGAAGUUCAGCGUCUGGACAGGCGUAAAAAUUCAUGUGUGGCCAGCCAAUCAGAGAGUGCUGGAUUCCGGCCUGACGCUGCAGAUGGCCGGGAUGUCACCAGAGGAGUUCUUGGGGGAUCACUGGAGAGGCCUUCAGCGCAAUCUAGGUGAACUCUUAAGUCUACCCAGACAAGAGCUUCAUCUGGCCAGCCUGCAGCAGCUGCCCAGCACCCUGGUUCUGGAGGUCCUGCUGAUCUGGAGGACUCAGGAUGGACUUAUCCGCUCCUUACCAACCAACAGACUCGCAGGGAUUAUAUCGGAGAUCGAGGAAUCUUUGGGCCUCAGUAUUCUCAGGAUGAGCCACAACGGGUGUUUGGGUUCCGGCUGUCCACCACGAGGCUGCAGGAACGCUGUGCUGCUGUCAGGAGAGAGACUGAACCAUUUCACUACCGCCAGAGCUGGUUACAUCACCCCACAGCACACCUGGGAGAGUGUGUGCCCCUGUAACAAGUCUGCUCUGAGGUUUGACAGCAAGUCCUACCUUAAAUAUCUUCAUGGGAUGGAUGAGGACAACCAGGAUUUCAGACUCUCACUGAGGUUCAAGACUUUCCAGGAGCAAGGCCUCAUCAUGUCCACAAACAGCACCAACAACUGGGGAGCUUUACAGGUGACCAACGGAGAGCUGCAGUUCAGAUACAGAUGUGGAAACGCCCCCCCGGGCACACUGCUGAUUAGAUCUGAUCCAGUAUCUGACGGUCAGUGGCACAAUGUGCUGCUGGAGGUGAACUACACCUCCAUGAGACUGAGCCUAGACCAGCAGCAUCCAGCUUCCAUGAUCCUGACUGAACCGUGCCGGUUGAUGCAUUCCCAUGGUGCUUUGCUAUUCGCUUCUCUCUCUCGGGACUCCACCCAAGACGUCAGCCAUCACCCACGUAGUUUCAUUGGCUGCCUAGAAGGCUUGAAGCUAAAUGGGGAGCCAAUCGUAGCGGGAGACACGGCAGAGUGGACAGGGUCAGGGAGCAGGAGGGUGUUCGGGGUGUAUCAGUGCUGCAGUGGGGAUGGAGCUUGUGACAACAACCCCUGCCAGAAUGGAGGAGUCUGCAAAGAGGACGCUGUUAGGGAGCCGCACUGCACGUGUGCAGGACUCUUCCACGGCGCCCGAUGCGAGCUAGUCGACAACCCGUGCGCCUCCCAGCCAUGUGCCCACGGCAGGGUGUGUAUACCGAAGACUCAAGGUUACAUGUGCAACUGCUCACUGGACAACAUUGAAGCACGAUGCCACAAUGAGAUUGAAGUCUGCGAGCCCAAUCCGUGUCCUGUAGGGUUUGACUGUAAAGUUACAGAUGGCUCCAUCCACUGUGAUCCGCUGCCUCAGGUAUCUUCAUCAGUUCAUUAUUUGGAAAUCAUGGAGAUCUGUGCCAGCGUGCUUGGAUUACUCUUCUUGGUCGGCAUCUUCGUUUGCAUCAGGAAACGAUAUGUUCAUCAGAAGAAGAAAAAGCCUGUCUGUGUCCAGGAUUCAAAUGGCUAUUUCCAACACAGUCUGGCCAAGACCCUCAAAGCGGGCCCUCAAGAAGUCACCCCCAUGGAGAUGAGCUCACUGGUCAGCCCCACCAAUAACCUGGACCACGUACCAUUCAGGUCUCCAAGGUCUCAGAGCCAAAUUGGUUCAUUGGGAGGCAGAUCUCCAAAGACGCAGGGGCCAGUUGUGUGCAGUGUAGCACCGAAUCUUCCAGCCAGACCACCAUCAAGCUCCGAUAAUGACUCCAUCAGAAAGAGCCACUGGGACAUGGACUACGAAGUCUACCCGGCUGACCCCGACUACUAUGGCCGCCCGACAGUCCAGGAGUUCCCCCAGUUUGACAUUGUAGAGGACACCUACUCCACCUCUACUAUAGACUCUCGCAGGAACUCUCGGUUUGGAGGCUUCCCGUUCCCGCUGGAUCGAUGUGAUCGGCGCGCACCCCUGCCACCAUGCUACAGCAACCAGAACCUGGAUGACUUUUUAGGUCCUGACGGGCUUCCUCUUCCUAGCUCUCAGUGCCCUAAUGAAUAUACUGCCAUCAGCUACUACCCCACGCAGCACACCCGCAGCCUGGACAACGUGUCAGGAGGCUAUAAAAGACUCAGCAUGCGACUGAGCGUGGCUAUGCCAUCAUAUGCAGAGCAGGUGAACCCAGCACCAGCACCAAAGCCUGCACAGCCUCAUAGACGACCUGUAGGGCAGAAUCCACGUUGCUACGAUGGGUCGAGCAUGGUGGAGAGUGAUUACGGGAGCUGCGAGGAGGUCAUGUUUUAGGAUUAAAUCUACCACGAUUUAAGGCAGCUUUGUGUACAAACACUCCUAAAACAGAUCUCUACUGCAACCGAGCAUCUGCUCAGGAGGCUCCCAGUGUGAGAUGUAAUCUUUUUUUUUUCCUCCCCUCUAGAAAUGAAAGCGCCGUGGCAAACAACAGUUCAGAUAUCUUUGAUUUUGUUUGAUUUUUUUAAAGUAAUGUUGUCUUACUGUGCCAGACUAAACAGAGGUUACCUCUGCAGAAAAAGUUCAGCAGAAGUUCAUCGUUUUUUUUAGGGACACUGCUGGGAGCACUUGCAUACUUAAUAAGGUUGUGAAAUCUUGAACAGUAUUACAGCCUUGACUGUGCACUGUUUCAAAAUCCAAAUGAGACUAAAUGAGACUUUUUAAAGCUCAAGGAUGGAAGAAUCUGCCUCGCAGAAGAGGAAACAUCAUUCAAAACAUGUUAAAAAUCAAUGUGCAGCACACUUUCUCUGUCAUUUCACCACAUAAGUCUGAUGAGGCAACUGCUCUGUAAUGCACUGAACAAAAAGUAAAUCACCAAGGACAUAUUUCAUCUCUGUUCCCACUUGCGAAAUGUCUUACAAACUCACUGCAAGAGUGGCAACAGAACCCAGGUUUGAAAGAAAAGUUAAAAAACAUUCAAACAAUACAAACAUUUCAUGUAGUAUAAACAUUUCAGCUCUGCUGUUACUAAUGUAUAUUGAUGCCUGUCACAAUGAAGAGGGCUGGAUCCUCAUUUAAAAAAAAGACGUAGUGAUUAGGUGAUGUUAUUUGUGAAGUGGAUGUAUUUUUAACUAAGUGUUCUACAAUUGUCAAUACAGUAAAGUUCAGCAGAUAUUGAGUCUAUGAGCGCCUCCUGGAUUUUAAUGAGUGUGGAAUAGUUUACAGAUUUAGCUUCGGCGGGAUGUUAGUGUUUGUGAUCAACCUCUGCUCUGCAGUGUUCCUGCCCUUGAUGUUUGAGGAAACACUGAAUGUAGAAGCAGUAAAUAGUCUAUGCAGCCAUUUUAAAUGGUGUAAAUAUACAAGCCUCACAUAAAAGAAAUGCUUGUUUAAGUCAAAAGAUAGUUAUGCUGUGUACAGCACAUUGGAAAGUGAAUGUGUAGAGUCCACGUUUAGCCUAAACAGCAAUAUUUCACAUCAGCUGUCUCACUUAUUGAAACUAAAAUAUUAAACAUCUCUUCUGCUAAGAAUCAAGCUUGCAGUUAUAUUUGGACUGUUGCUGUAAAAAUUUAUUUUCUUCCCGGAAUUAAUUUUAAUGUAAGAUACAAAAAACUAACACACUGAAAAGUCUAAGUGUCCAGUAUUUCUGCUUAUUAAAAUUUUAAGCAAACAUUGAGAGUCACUACAUCAAAGCCACAACUAUGGUUGGUUUAAUAAUCAUAAACAAAUUAUAAAUAACACUUAAAAAUGUCAUGUUAAAAAAAAUAAUUUAUUAAAUUAACCAGAAACACAGGUAGAUUAGAUUUAGUACAGAAAACAACCACAAGUAGUUUUUGCAAGUUUUACAGAGGCCCUAUUGGUUUCAUUGGAGUUGUUGGACACUUUAAUUACACUGUCUCACUGGUCAGGUUUGAUUCAUAUUUGCAGACGUUAAUACAAAAAGGUGGAGGAAACGGCUGCAAAUAUACAUAUAUGCUUGCUUUUCUUUUUUUCCUGUUUUAAAUGUGCAUCAAUUGGUGCUAAAAGAAAUAUAAAUCACUUAAAAACAUCUGUCUUUCUGGAUAUGGUGUAAUUUUUGUGAUAUUCCAACAGAUUAAAAAAAGUAAGAAGCUUCCAUCAUUAUACUCUUGAAGGUGCCCACUACAAUAGUUUAAUUUCCUCCCUCUGAAAAUAUAUUUAUGACAACUACUUGCAUCAUAGCCCAUACUUGGUACCACUAGUUGUUCAGUUUCUAUUGGCCACUUUAAAACAAAUGAACAUUUUUUUGUUCUUUAAAAAAAAAAAAAAACAC